CGGCGGAUUAACUGGCUCCGAGGUGAACUGUCUGGCGCUCUUUCUGUGCUUUGGUGGGCCAUUUGCAAUUGAAGCUGGGGGGCUCCCGGAUAGUCACCAGCACUGUGAACCGUCAGAGAGAUGCGGUCGCUUCCCCAUCUCCCAUCUUUCGUAGCAGCAACAGCACCUUUUGCGCCCAGUUCUGGCACGCCAAUUUCCCUUGUAAUCUCGACCGGUCUUCUCUGCUCAAUAUCCCAAAAUGACUUGAGCUUCAUGAUUUGAAGCUUCAAGUCUAUCUGUUUUCCCUGACAAAAGCUUUCCUCAGCGCCAUCAUCCUGAACAACAGAAUUCCACACCCUCGCUCGCCCGCACAAGUCACGACACGAACUUUUCUCCGGAACGGUCAUACCUUCCUGUUGCCCCCUACACUCAUACUGCCAUGAAAACUGCAAAACCGCCUCAAGCAGAGGCUGGACCUGCUCCCUCAAGUCGCAGGGCCCAGCCAUUCCGCCAGACUCGCACAAAUCCCCCUCGGUCAUCUGGCUUGACUCGGUCUCUGAACGGGCCAGAUGCCAGUCACGAUCAACCGAUCGAUAUCUUUCCUGCGAUUACACACUUUACCGACGCAAUUACAUCGCUGCCGAAAGACCUAGUUCGACAUUUUACAUUACUCAAAGAGGUCGACGCCAAAAUCUUCGCCCCAGAAGACACCCUCUUCCAGCUCGUCGACGCCGCCCUCAAGACGAACCGUUCCGAAUCACGACCUGCCAACGAUGCCACUAGCAGUACAGCGCCGGUCUCGGCGCCCAUGAGCGCUCGGAAUAGCUCCGUCGGCUUCGUGAUGGGCACUAACGGCAACUUGCCUCCAGCUUCCUCAACCGACGAUAACUACAACGCCACCGUCUUCGACCCUGCCAAUCUACCCCGUCGACAGCUGUUCCGCCAGACGGCAUUCAAAAUACAGGAGAUGCUAGUUGCGCUCGAAGAGAAGAACCACGUCAUUUCGACUGCCAAUGAUGCCCUCUCCCGGCAACUUGCCCGCAUCGAUGACGUGUGGCCACACCUCGAGGGUGAGUUCAGCGACGAGGCCAAAUGGGGCAGCACCACACAUUGGGCCUACCCAGAGAACCGAGCUCAACGAGCUAGCGCCGCCGAGCGAUCGCGACGGGAUGGCGCGUCUGCCAUCACCGCCGCCGCCCAACAGCUCGCAGAAGAGGCAGCCGCUAGGAGCGAACUGCGAAAACAGGCGGUAGCUGCUAAGAAGGGACUCAAGAACCAUCAUCAAGACUCGGACUUAGAUGCAGACCACGAGAACAACAAGCAGCAAAAAGGCGAAUCCUCAAAGAAAUCGGGUAACGGCUCCAAGUCACGAAAGAAUGCGGAAGCGAGUGCGCUGGUGGGGCUGGGCAUUACUGCAGGUGCUCCCGUUAACGGCAAUACUCCUGCACCCAAGAAACGUAAGGUGGACAAUAGCAAGGACAAGCCGAUCAACGGGGGCCAGCCUAUGGAACGUGCCAUGAGCAGUGUGUUUGGCAACAGUGCACCCAAAUCGAAGAACUCAAGCCCACGGGCUACUCCAGUCCCGGAGGCAGGAGUAGUGCCGACUAAGAAGCGAAAGGCUUUGCCGACUGCCAAUGGCCAAUCAAAGAAGAGGAACGGUCUCCCUACAGCUCUUUCUCCUUCUAUUGCAUCAUCCCCGAUACAACCCAACUUGGUUGAUACGAAGAACAUCGCCCACAGCGCACCAGCACCCUCUGCUACUGCGGCUCGUCCAGCAUCGUCCCGGGCCAGGCAGAAUUCCACGGCAGCGAACACUGAAAAUUCCCGGCAACGUCCGGCUUCCUCCGCAUCUAAUCGACCCAACGGCGUUUUGCCGCCAAUUGCGGAUGCCGGCGCCGUCCAAACUGCUUCGCGGGUCAUCAACGACAUCAAGCCGUUCAAGGAGACGCCGAUACCUGUCAAGACCGAGACGAUCAAGGAAGCCACACCACAACCAACUGUAAGCGGGAAUACGAUCAUCAGGAGCAGAAAGAACUCGGUCGCAAAGCCAGAAGAUGUCGAGCCCAGGCCAGAAUCAGUACAACCGACACCGCCAACUGUGACCACGGUGGUCACGACCAAGAGUGGCCGUGCCAGCAAGCCAUCAACCCCUGCCCUUGGCGGGUUUCCGGAGGCUAUCAGAUCCCGAUCGUCGCGAAAUGCACAGACGGGAACAGCCAAACGAAGUCACAAGAAGGGUGCUGCCGCCCAGGCCGCACUGGCCGCACAAGCCGUCAACAAUGAAGAUGCAGCCAGCAGUGCUCAAGGAGACGAUGUCGACGAAAUUGACGCCGACGAACUGCGCUACUGCUACUGCAAUGGUGUCUCAUAUGGCGAGAUGGUUGCUUGCGACGCUGAUGACUGUGAGAAGGAGUGGUUCCACCUUGGCUGUGUUGGGUUGAAGUCGGCCCCGGGCCCAAGUAGUAAGUUGGAUCUCUACGGCGAGACUGAAUCGAUCGUAGCACUUGAGCUAACAAGGACGUAGCCAAAUGGUACUGUGACAAUUGUAAGAAUCGCAUGAAGAACGGGAAAAAGCUGAAUGGUCGGUAACGAAAUGUUCUUCCUACCGCAUUUGCUUCUCUCGGCGGCGUUCAAGCGAUUGUUCAACAUCUAUGGAGUUUACGGAGUUUGCAGGAGCCACACGAUGGCUGUCACCCACGGACCACGGCGUCUGGACUGCUUCUAUAAUGACUGGUCGCUGAUUGGUUUGAAAUCGGCAUCUCGGAUAUCUGGAAUACUGGAUAAGGCAUAAUUACGAUGCUGGAGAAUAUAAGCCGGCAUUGAUGAAUGAACAUGAAAGUGGUGACUCGGGUCUUUACACCGGCACGCGGCACGGAGAACAUUUAGAACCGGUACGGG